UGAUUUAAGAUGGAAGAAGAUUGGAAGCCAAAGGUGGAUAUGAUUUUUGAUAGCUUUGAAGACGCUUGGAAGUUUUGGGUUGAUUAUGGUGGGAAAGUUGGAUUUGGAGUGAGAAAGCAAUAUACUCAUCAUAAUAAAAGUGGCUCAAUUGCGACAUGCAUAUUUGUUUGUUGCAAAGAAGGGUUGCGAAAGCCUGACAAACGUGAUUAUAAAACAAUCAAUGCAAGACCGGAGACAAGAACAGGUUGUAAAGCAAGGUUGGGACUCAAAAAUCUGUGUGGAAAAUUGAUAGUGCAUGACUUUAUAGAGGAACAUAAUCAUAUUUUGCAUCUACAAGAAACAACUCAUAUGUUGUCAUCUCAAAGAAAAGUUUCUGAAGUUCAAUGUCAUCAAAUUGAUGUAGCAGAUGAUGCUGGCCUACAACAAAGGAAGAGGUUUGAUUUGAUGAGUAAGCAAGUGGGAGGUAGAACUAACUUGGGAUAUACUCGCCUGGAUCAAAAGAAUUAUCUUAGAAAUAGAAGGCAAAGGAGUAUGGUCCGAGGGGAAGCCGGUUAUCUAUUACAAUACUUUCAAAGAAAGCUACUUUCUACCAUGCAUAUCAAUUAGAUAGUGAAGAUCAAAUCACCAAUGUGUUUUGGACAGAUGCAAGAAUGCUUGUUGAUUACGGAUACUUUGGUGAUGUGGUUUCUCUUGAUGCAACAUAUUGCACUAAUAGUUCGCACAAACCACUAGCAGUGUUCUCUGGAUUUAACCAUCAUCGAAAGACAGUGAUAUUUGGGGCUGCAUUGUUAUAAGAUGAAACAACAGACUCUUUCAAGUGGCUCUUUGAGAAGUUUCUAGAGGCACAUAAGCAAAAAACGCCUCAAACUGUUUUUACUGAUCAAGACCAAGCAAUGAUGAAAGCAUUAGCUGAGGUUAUGCCUGGAGCUUAUCAUGGUCUAUGUACAUGGCACUUGAUGCAAAAUGGCAUCAAAUACUUAGGAAAUUUAAUGAAGGGUGAAUCUCAUUUUCUUACUGACUUUCAAAAGUGCAUGUAUGGGUAUGAAGAUGAAGAAAAAUUUGAGGAAGGUUGGUGUAACACCCCGA